AUGGGCUUAAACAGAAAAUCUUUGUUGGCCAUAUAUAAGUCAAAAUUCCUCUUGAAGUUGGAAACAGUAUCUGAUUCAACAACGCAUGUCGGUAAAUUGUUCCAAAUAGAGAACCCUAAAAUAUUUCACAUUAUUCAUGUGACGAAAUGUGUGGCAUCUGAUGUGGGUGAUCAUCUCAGGCUUAUCAAAGUUGAGGUGAUAUCAUGCUACUUCACAUUUAAAAAGGGCAAAAAUGGAGACAUGCCCGACGAGUCGCUGUUGUCGAACUACUUCCGAUUCUAUUUUGAUACCAAGUUUUCAGAUUUGGUCAACAGGAAGAUUUCCUGGUUGGAACAUGUGGUAAUUCAUAAUAAUAAUAAUAACUUAUAUAGUGCUAAGGGCAACCAACUAAAGCGCUCUUUGCCAGACAAGCUAGUGCAGUAUGAUAUAUGA